AUGGGUUCCAAAGAUGUCAAGGAUAUUGUUGGAUUGGCAAAAGAUGAUAUUGCCAAGUCGAAAUCCAUUAGGGUAUGUUUAUAUUACACUUGAAGAUUUUGUUUUUAGUUGAAUCGGCCACCAAUGAAACGGCCCACAGGAAUGAGCAGAGAAGUUUUCAAUCUCAUUGCUCAUGGUCCAAAUGAAGAGAAUUUGUUUACUGCGAUUCCGACAAAGAAACUUGAGGACAAACAUCAGAUGAAGAAAAUGGUAGGUCGAUCCCGAAGCUUUUUGUAGUGUUUUUAGAUUUUGUUCCGUAAGGUGAGGAAGUGGAAGUGGAAAGAGUUUGAGAAUGAGGGCAGAGCUGAUGGGUUCAAGCUCUCACAUUGGGAGAGAGAAGAUCGGAAUCCAGCGGAACCCUACAUAUUUGCGAGGAUGAAUAAAGUAAAUUUUAUUUAUUUUUAUUGUUUUGGAGUUUAGAUCAAGUUGAAAAAGAAGGAUAUCUGACUAGUAUGGCCAGUGGUUCGGUGUUUUGCCUUUAAUUUUUUUCCAUAACCUUGAUUCCGGUUCUGAAUGGUUUAGGAAAUGUUACUAAUAACUUUUAGAGGUUGAACCUCCCCCGUUUCUCACAAGAAGAAUAUGAGCGACAUUUCCAAGCAGAGAAGUGGACACAUGAGUCGACAGAAUAUUUGUUUGAUCUUUGCGAACGCUUCGAUCUUCGAUGGGCAAUUAUAAGUUCUCGUUUUGAGCGGGAGAAGUAUGGCGAUUUCAGCAUGGAAGACUUGAAAGAGCGAUUCUACAGAAUAUACAACAUUCUGAAGAGAGAUCGCUGCUUGGAAGGCCCUAUCUAUAGUUUUGAUGCCGAGAAUGAAAGGAAAAGGAAACAGCAGCUAGAAAUGUUGUGGAGCAGAACGGAGGAUGAGGUAAGCUUCUUUCUUUCUUUUUGCUUAUGUUUUUAGAUGUAAUGUUUCGAUUAGUAUACAUUUUUAAUUCAUGACAGAUCAAGGAGGAAGAACUUCUGCGGGCUCAGAUGAGGAGAAUUGAAAGCCGCCGAAAGGAAAGAGAAAAGAGAACCCAGGAUCUUCAGAGGCUAAUCAAUGUGGUGGAACGGAGUGCCAGUCCUGAACCGUGGGUUUAUUUUAUUCUACUUAUUUGAUGUUGCACUGGGUCUUUACUAGAAAAUUACUCGUUUUUUUCAGGAAUGGAUCGACUUCCGGUAGCCAAGUCCGCUCAAGUCGCCGAGCUCAGAAACAACAAAAGACACAGCUGAUGUCGGCCCAUCUUUUCUCCAACGACGUCCCGAAUCUUCGAUUUGCAGAGUUCAAAUCCGCUGGACCUCAUCUGAGAUCGCAGGAGAUGAAAAUCCCCAGCAAUGUUGGACAAAAGAAGUUGAAAGCGAUUGAGGCAGCGAUUGAGAAAUACCAGAUCCGUAGGUUUCAUCUAAGCCUAUUAUCUUCGUCAUGUGUAAUAUAAUUUUGUAAAUAUUUUCAGCCCUUGCCCUCCCAGCCUAUGAAGAAACAGUCCGCCUGUUCAACGAUCUUCGAGCCCGUGUCGUCUUGGCUCAGGAACUCCGGAAUGCAUUGCAAGGAACACAGUGA